GUAAUAGCGACCAAUCAUCAAGCCAUUUACCAGGCUUCAGAGGAAGCUGUUUAUGUGAUCCCAGCACUAAUUAGGCUCAUGAACUAACAAAUCGUUUGCACAACUUGUGAAGGGGCCGAUCACAUCCAUGGAUUGUCUUUGGACUUAGGGAGGGAGGGGGGGGCGACCGCCUUUUCCUUGCAGGAGGGAAACUUCUCCCAGCAACUUUUUGUGUGUGUGUGUGCGUGUGUGCGUGUGUGUCUCCCUUUUGGGUACCGCUGGCUGCCGCUGCCUCCUUCCCUCCAGCCCCUGUCUAUUUAUGUGUGUAUCUAUCCCUCCUCAAGUCACUCCCUGCUGCAAACUUGCCCGGAUCGCCUUGCGCGCCGCGCAGAGCCACGCGGAGAUUUGCUCGGGGACUCUCGCCGCGGCAGCAUGUUCCAGCCCACACCCAAGCGCUGUUUCACCAUCGAGUCGCUGGUGGCCAAAGACAGCCCCUUGCCCGCGUCUCGCUCCGAGGAUCCCAUCCGGCCGGCGGCGCUCAGCUAUGCCAACUCCAGCCCGAUGAACCCUUUCCUCAACGGCUUCCACUCCACCGGCAGGGGGGUCUACUCCAACCCGGACUUGGUCUUUGCAGAGGCCGUCUCGCACCCGCCUAACCCGGCCGUGCCCGUGCACCCCGUGCCCCCUCCCCACGCCCUGGCCGCCCACCCUCUGCCCGCCUCGCACUCCACGCACCCGCUCUUCGCCUCGCAGCAACGGGACCCUUCCACCUUCUACCCUUGGCUAAUACACCGCUACCGCUACCUGGGCCACAGGUUUCAAGGGAAUGAAACCAGUCCGGAGAGCUUCCUAUUGCACAACGCCCUGGCCAGGAAACCCAAACGGAUCCGUACAGCCUUCUCACCAUCGCAACUGCUGAGACUGGAACAUGCCUUCGAGAAGAACCAUUACGUGGUGGGAGCGGAGCGCAAGCAGCUGGCGCACAGCCUCAGCCUCACGGAAACUCAGGUAAAAGUUUGGUUUCAGAACAGGAGGACGAAGUUCAAGCGGCAGAAGUUGGAGGAGGAAGGCUCAGACUCACAACAGAAAAAAAAAGGGACUCAUCAUAUUAACCGGUGGAGAAUCGCCACCAAACAAGCCAGUCCAGAGGAAAUCGACGUCACGUCGGACGAUUAAAAACUGGCACUUUGGACUUCUCAAGCCAGCCAACCCACCAAGAAGAAAGUGUUAAAGGCUCAAACACACCGACG